CGUAUAUGCCAAGACACCCGAUCCCAGAAGGGUUUUACCAAUUUCCUGUGGUCCCUCGGCACCUCACGGGACGAUAAAUAACUGUAGCUUUUGGUUUCACCGCUCUCCUUGAGUGGCGGCAUCUUAGAUCAUCUUGUCUUGAAGUCAUUUUACCUAUUCGUUGGCGGGGCCAGUUACAAAUUUGGCCGGUACUCGGGUGCCGCGCAGAUCCCGCAUAGGCUGCGGGAAGCUUUUAUUCCCAGCCUAACAUCGCAGCUCGGCCAUGACACGAGUCCGAUCUUGGGUACUGUACCUUGCUUGGCCGCCCAAGGCCCACCCAAGCUGCUGGAACCGAGUUUCACCCCCCACCACGAAAACUUAACACCCGUUAUCUUCUUAAUGCGUCCAAUGUGUAUCGCAUGUGAUCUCGAAACUCUUGCCUAGCCUUUUCUCUUCCUCCCCAUAAUGCCUACUCGCAACCCUGUUCGGGCGUUGGUCGUCGCUUUCGCUGCAUGGAAGACGUUUCUCCUAGCCAUAGCUGUGGGGAGCUGUGUCGGUGUGGCAUAUGACACCUCAGCAAGCCUUGCCCUCGACGGGGUCGGCGUCGGCAACAGCUCAACUCCGACACUGGUCAGCAGACUCACAAGUUGGGACGCCAUCUAUUUCACACAAAUCGCGCGCCGCGGCUAUCUGUUCGAGCAAGAAUGGGCAUUCGGGAGUGGGCUGCCAAUCGCCAUCUUCUACCUCGGGAAAGUUUUGACAGCUCUUGGCAUCGAGACUGGCGGCUAUCUUCAGCCCCUAGUGGGCAUCCUAGUGGCAAACGCCUCCCACCUGCUCUCUGUCCUGGUCUUGUAUCGUCUGGGACAAGUCGUCUUCCGCGACGCUAGGUUGGCACUGGUUGCGGCAAGCCUGCACAUCUUCUCCCCCGCCGGCCUGUUCCUCUCUGCCCCGUAUGCCGAGAGCAGCUUCUCGCUGCUCAGCUUCACCGGCCACCUCCUCUUCGCCGAGAGUUGCCGGAACGGCCGGCGGCCUGGCAGUCGGGAUGCCCUGAUCUUGCUGGCCGGCAUCUCCUUUGGGCUGGCCACACUCUUCCGCAGCAAUGGCAUCUUGAACGGCGUCCUGUUUGCCUGGCAGUUUGCUCAACAGCUUGCCCGCCCAGUUCGCCACCCGAUGGCUGCCAUCCGCAGUCUUCUCGUUCUGGGCAUCGGGGGACUCUGCGUAGCGGCUGGUUCGAUUGGCCCUCAGCUUGUGGCCUACUGGCGAUUCUGUUCCAGUGCGCCGGAGGCGAAUCUGCGUCCUUGGUGUCAGAGCUACCUUCCAAGCAUCUACACUUUUGUCCAAGAGCACUAUUGGAACGUUGGUUUUCUCCGCUACUGGACCUUCCCGAACGUUCCGCUCUUCCUCCUGGCGGCCCCAAUGUUGUAUAUACUCACCAAAUCCGGCCUGGACCAGAUAGUCUCGAGCACCGUCGCACACUCUGGAGAGGCCACACAAGUGGCUGGGGUGCUGCAAUCUGCGGCGACUGCCCAGGUGUUGCUAGCCCUUCUUGCUGUGACAAAUUAUCACGUUCAGGUCAUCACUCGCCUCUCAUCCGGAUCCCCCCUCUGGUACCUUUGGCUCGCCCGCCGCCUGUCCAGUCGGGAGACCUCGGACGGAGGGAAGGGUGUUGUCAGGUUCAUGAUAAUGUACGCGGCUAUUCAGGGGGUGCUUUUCGCCUCUUUCCUUCCACCAGCAUAGGGCCCGUCUCAACGUAGUCUCGGAUUUUAUCAUGGCUUCUCAAUUACAUGCUCGAAGCACCAGUGCUUGGGAACCGUCUAUAUAUCUAUCUAAUGUCAAAUUUCCCAAUUCGCCGUCUAAUUGGUAUACAAGAGGGUCGGUCUUCCAAAGGCGAAUGACACUGAUGCG